AUGCACCUUCUGUGAUUGAGAUUUGACAAGAUCUUCCUGAUGAGUGAGAAUUGAUACAGUAUAGAUGCUGGAGGAGGAUAUCAACACAGAGCAGAUUGAUGAAGUGGCCAUUUCAAAUUCAGAGCUGAAUGAUGAGGCAUACCAGUCUGGAUUGGAGGGAAGUCCCAGGAGAAGAAAGUCAUUUCUGCCUGGUCCAAAGACUUUCGGAGGAGUUCCUGCUCCCUCCACCAAAGUGGCGGGGCUGUCAGACCACCAGGGGACAAUCUCACACUACCAGCCUGUUGACACCCACCAGGAACUAUAUGUUGGUCAGCGUGUGUACAUAGGAGGCAUCAAACAGGGCACUGUCCUCUACUAUGGACGCACUCACCUGGCUGAUGGCAUCUUCUGUGGGGUCGAAUUAGAUGAACCGGAAGGAAAACACGAUGGACAGGUACAGGGUGUGAGGUACUUUCGGUGUCGACCAGGACAUGGUAUAUUUGCUCCUGUUGAAAAGGUCACUAAGGUUGGGGAUCGUCGAGCUGAUGAGGCGUACGAAAGUGAUUACCAACAGGCUUUAGCUAGUCAACAGCGACUCUCACGCAGACUCCUUCCCCAGCCAAAAACCUACGCUCGUACAGGUUCACGGGAGAGAAUUGCCAUACCAUCAUGCAUUGAGGAGCAGAACGAGGACAUUACUGAUACUGUAGAUGAGACAGAGCUCCGUUACUUAGAAGAACAGCUUCGGGCAAGAAAUUCACCCAAGUUAGUCGGUGAUAACCAAUGCUGGGACUUGAAUGCCAAGAAGAGUCUCAGUGACACCUAUACCAAGGAGGAUUUCACAAAUGUUAAGUCCUCGCCAAAACGAUCACGUCUGCCUGCAUAUUCUAAAGUGGCCCCUUCCAGGAGCGAGGAGUAUAAUUAUACAGAGGUGGCAGCAGAUAUUGAGCUGAUAUGUAAAGAGGAGAAAUCAACCCAAAGAAGACAAGAUGUAAAAGAUUUCAGUAAAACCUAUACUCUAAGUGAUAAUCUCCCAGACGUGGUCGACCACCAUCGCCCUCUGACAGAGAGCUCCAGUGGUGACGAUUCGCUUAGCACUGAUGCCAAAGAGUGCCUGUGUAGUGACCGAAGGCAAUACUUCAAUUUGACCUUUGACACAGGAAGCAAUAACAGCUCCCCACAACACCUUCCUAAGGAUACUGGUGUGUUAGAGGCAGUAUCAGCAAAAGAUGCCACACAGCCUCGCAAUAACUUGGAUAGUAGUAAUUCCAGUCUUGGUCUAGUUGACGUCAAUGGUGCCGAUUUCAGUACUGACCUACUUGGUAUAGAUGGAAACUUAACUGACAGUGAAAAACUCAAACAUACAUUUAGUGUGUCAAAAAGAACAGAUAGAGUUGCCUCCCUUAGUGAUACUUUCUCUCUCGAUCAUGCCGUGACCUCAACACCAGAAAAAUUACUGUCUCAACAGGAUCUGAUAGCAAAACAUGCUGAACAAGAAUCUCUCUCACAUGGAUCAAGAAAAUCUCUGUCAAAAAGGAGUUUGGCUGCAACUUUUGAGAUUGAACAUAAAGACCUGCUGCCUGUAAAUACUGGGGAUACGCUUGACUGGCGACAAGAGGCAUCAGAUGGUGAAAAUGAUGACAGAGAAUCUUACGGCAGUGAAAACCAAGUGGAACAAGAGGAAAAUGUUCGACAAGUCAACAUUGAAAUUCAAAAUGUGAAAAAUUCUACGUUUUCAAUUUCUACAUUAGAUCAGGAUGGAAAAGAAGCGUUAAUACCAAACGUCGGAAUUACAGGUGAAGAGUUAAUUAAGAGUGGCGGACCAGUGGAAGUAGAACAGUUACUCUCUCAAAGAUCCAAACGGCCUAUGACUGAUUCUGGUAUUGGAUUGACUGAUUCUUGUGAAAUGAGACGGUCCCAAAACAUGGCUGACUCAGGUGAAUUCCGUCGAUCUCAGAAUUUGGAAAGUGUGUUGGAGGAUGUUGACCAUAUUUCUAGCCUUGCUAAUAUAAGAGGUGUAGGGUCGGUGAGUGGUGGACAUGAUUUACAAGAUGGACAUUCGAAUGAUUCGCUGCUUAGAGCCGACUUAGAGGCUGGGCAUCUGAAACAGGGGAGGCCACUCUCUCUCAUAUCUACCACCAGUGCAGACACAGGUUACGUGCCUGAUACAGAUACUGAUAUAGAGUUGGAAGUUGGGACAGCAGGAUCACCUGUACACUGGGAGGAACAGAAAAGUCAUUCCAGCGCCUCCGAACUGGACAAGGCAUAUGCCAACACCUUCAAACAUUACCAAGCAGGAGUGACACGGACUGUACGAUCACAGGGAAUUGACAGCGAUUCUGACCUAUACAGUGAUGCUGGAACAAUCGUACCAGAGGAUGACACUCUGAAGAGCACUGGUAUUCUCGAAUUGUAUGUAUCAUGUUAA